AUGAAUCCAGACAACCAGAAAGCAGAGACCGACGUCAAGUCAGAAGGUGACCAGAUCAAAGACGACGCUGAUCAGGCCGGACGAGCUGCGAGGAUUACCUUCGAGGAGUCUGCCUCCGCGGAGGGAUUCCGCUCCAUCUAUCAGCCGGCUCAAUUCACACGCACUCGCUCCAUCAGCCGCGACACAAUCCGCAGUAGCCACAGCAGCAUCCAAGGCAAUUCUACCUUGCCCAUCGAAUUCCGAACCCUCUCGAUUCAAGUUUCCGAGUCCCAAAAUGCCCCCAAGGAAACCAUCAGUGACAUUGAGAAGGAGAAGCACCAACACCAAGACUACUUUGAGAACUUGGAUUACCACAUCAUCUCUCCCGAACGUUUAUGCCAGGAGUUCAACGUCGACCAGCGCACUGGACUGACCUCUUCAGCUGCCGCUACCCGCUUGCAGAGAGAUGGCAAGAAUGUCAUUGCCCACCAUGGGGAAAACUACUGGAAGAAGAUCUUCUUCUACAUCUUUGGUGGAUUUUGCUCUAUUCUCUGGGUGGGAGUUGUCAUCUUCUUCAUCUGUUGGAAGCCACUCAGCAACCCGCCCUCCGUUCAAAAUCUCUCUCUGGCUGUCUUGAUUCUCAUCGUCAUUGCUCUACAAGCAAGCUUCUCAGCAUUCCAGGAUUGGUCCACCAAGCGUGUCAUGAAUUCAAUUCUGGACCUCCUCCCCGCAGAAGCUAUGGUGAUGCGUGAUGAGAAGUUGAUCCAUCUCCCUGCCACCGAUCUAGUCGCUGGAGACAUCGUCCAUAUCGGAAUUGGCAACAAAGUACCUGCCGAUAUGCGUAUUCUGCAAAGCUCUGGCGAUGUUCGUUUUGACCGGGCCAUUUUGACCGGAGAGUCGGACGAGGUUGAAGGCGCUAUUGAGUGCACAGAGAACAACUUCUUGGAGACUCGCAACAUCGCUCUUAUGGGAACUGGUGUUACGAAUGGCAAUGCUAUUGGUGUCGUGGUUCUUACCGGCUCUCGCUCCGUCAUGGGCCGCAUUGCCUCCAUGACAGCUGGCGUUAAGCAAAAGGCAACCCUGAUCCAACGUGAAAUCAAUCGCUUCGUCACUAUCAUUGUCUGUCUGACAGUCUUUCUGGCUUUGCUUAUUCUCUUCACGUGGCUGGGAUGGCUGCACAAAGAUCAUCCCUCCUACAUGAGUGUGGUUGCCAUGUUGAACAAUGUCAUGGGCUGUGUUGUCGCAUUUAUUCCAGAAGGAGUACCUGUUGCUGUCGCGUUGACGCUCAUGAUGAUUGCCAAACGGAUGAAAAAGAACAACAUCCUGCCCAAAGGUCUGUCAACAGUUGAGACGCUGGGCUGUGUGAAUGUGCUUUGUUCCGACAAAACCGGUACUCUCACUCAGAACCGCAUGUUUGUCAAGUCGCUUGGAAUGGUAGAUUGGGAAUUCAACCUCGAAGACUUGGCCCCUGGCGAGUUUGGUAACGCCGAUCUCCCUGAUGGCCUGCGUGACAUGCUUCAUGCAUCUGUAUUGUGCAAUGAUGCCACCUUCGACCCGACUACGAUGAACCUGCCCUCCCAUGAACGUGCUGUCAAUGGCAAUGCGACAGAUGCAGCUGUUUUGCGAUUCGCUGACAGUGUCGGAAUGACCUCCCCCAGUUCCUUGAAUGGAUUUGAUCGUGUACACCAGAUUCCUUUCAACUCGAAGAACAAGUGGAUGCUCACCUUGAAUCGUGAUCCAAACUCAAGCAAGGAAUUCCUUCUCUAUGUCAAGGGCGCACCAGAUGUCUUGCUGAACCGUUGCUCUACCUACUGGUCAGGAGUCCACAAUGCUGUUCGUCCGCUGGACCACGAGGCUCGCGAGCGGUUCUCAAACUUCCAAGCCAAAUUGUCACGUCGCGCAGAGCGGGUUAUUGUCAUUUGUCGACGCCGUUAUGUUCCGCGCUCUACGCCUGGCUCCAACGAAUUUAGCGAUGAAAUUAUGGAGUCUGGUGUGCAAGAUCUCACCGUUCUUGGUAUUUUCGGAAUCGUUGACCCACCACGCGAGGAAACAGCUCAAACUGUUGCCGCCUGCCGCAGGGCGGGUAUUCGCUUCUUCAUGGUGACUGGUGACUUUGGAUUGACUGCCGCUGCUAUCGCUCACCAGAUCGGUAUUUAUAAUGGGCAAGUCGAGCCAGAUACCGUCGAAGACCUUAUGGAUGGUCUUGAUUCUUCGAUGGAAAUCAAGAUCCCGAAGUCUCGACAAAGUUUACUUCUUGAAGGGCCCAGCCUAUCGGCAUUGACAUCAGAGAACUGGGAGACAGUCUGCGGCUACGAAGAGAUCGUCUUUGCUCGCACCACCCCCGAGCAAAAGCUCCGCAUCGUGAAAGAGCUUCAAUCCCGUGGCUACGUCGUGGCCGUGACAGGCGACGGUGUCAACGACGCCCCGGCAUUGCGCGCAGCAGACGUCGGUAUCGCAGUUGGAUCCGGCAGCGACGUCGCCAUCGAGGCAGCUGACUUAGUCCUCCUCGACAAAUUCGACUCCAUCAUCGAAGCCAUCCGCCUCGGCCGGUUGGUCUUCCAGAACCUGCAGAAAGUGAUCACCUACCUCCUUCCCGCAGGUAGUUGGUCCGAGAUCUGGCCGGUGAUCAUGAACGUGUUCUUUGGCUGUCCCUCGCCCCUCAGCACAUUCCUCAUGAUCAUCGUCUGCGUCUUCACCGAUCUCUUUGUCUCCCUCGCCCUAAUCAUGGAAAAAGAAGAAUUCGACCUCCUCAGCCUACCCCCGCGCCGCCCAACAAAAGACCACCUCAUCAACCUUCGCAUCUACGGCCAGUCCUACCUCUUCAUCGGCGUGAUGGAAGCCUUCAGCGCCCACUCCAUGUUCUUCCUCUACAUGUGGCGCCACGCCGGCAUCCCCUUCUCAGACCUAAUCUUCUCAUUCGAGAACUUCGCCGACGGCUUCCACGGCUACACCCAAGACGAGCUGAACCACUUCAUCGCCGUCGGCCAAUGCGUAUACUUUGUCACCCUGGUCAUCAUGCAAUGGGGCAACGUCCUAUCCGUCCGCAGCAAGCGCAUGUCUCUCCUCCAAGCCGACCCCAUCCGCCCAGCCCGCCGCAACGUGUGGCUUCCUCUCUCCAUGCUCAUCUCACUCAUCAUCGCUAUCUUUGUGACCGAGGUCCCCGGUCUCCAGAACCUCUUCAGCACCGCCUCCGUCCCCAUUGAGUACUGGCUUAUUCCGCUCGGUCUGGCUGUGGGUGUGCUUUGUAUGGAUGAGCUGCGGAAGGUCCUUGUCAGACUCUUCCCCAAGGGCCCUGUUGCUUGGGCUGCUUGGUAG